UUCAACGGCUUGGCUGCAACUGAAAGCAACCCAAGCUACAGCUAACGUAUCCAAGGCAAAUGUGAAUGGGUUAUGGGACCGUUGCCUUCGUUCCAAUCCAAUUCUCCCUUGUUGGGCCGCUAGUAGGCCCACCUUCACUGGAAUAACACCGUUACAUCCGCCCCUCCUAGCUGGCACUCUUUGCUCCUUCUCUAUAACAUUACCCCCUCUCUUCACUUCACUUCACACUUCACACUUCACACUUCACAUCACAUUCUCUCUUUCUUUUCUAUUUUUGUUUUCUUCACACCAAAGAAUUUGUCACUGUUAACCAUGGCCAUGGCCGAGGAACUUCAACAGACAAACAUAUCUCAAGACCAAGUGCUGCCAGUGGUCCCUCACGUGGCACCUGCUGACAAACCAGACACCAACGUUCUUGUCCCCGAGGACAAAAACACACAACACAAACAAGAAGAAAAAGAAGCCUCGCUGGAGAAGGAGAAGGAGAAGAAGAAUGCUGCUGAAACCGAAACCGAAACCGAAACCGAAAACGAGGUUUCCAAACCGGACGAGGCCAUUCCGGAAUCCGGCUCGUUCAAGGAAGAAAGCACCAUCGUCUCCGACCUACCGGAAUCCGAGAAGAAGGCUCUGCAGGAACUCAAGCACCUCGUUCAAGAAGCGCUCAGCAAACACGAUUUCUCCGCAGCGGAGAAAGAAGGUGAGAGCGUGACGGCGGUGGCGGAGGAGAGUGCCGAAGAGGUUUCGAUUUGGGGAGUGCCUCUGGUUGCGGACGAGAGGAGCGACGUGAUUCUGCUCAAGUUUCUGCGCGCGAGGGACUUCAAGGUGAAGGAGGCGAUGGCGAUGAUAAAGAGCACGAUUCGGUGGAGGAAGGAGUUCGGGAUGGAGGAGCUUUUGUUGGAGGAGUUGGGUGACGACGAUUUGGCCAAAGCGGUUUACAUGCAUGGCUUUGACAAGGAGGGGCACCCCGUGUGUUACAAUGUGUAUGGUGAGUUUCAGGACAAGGAGCUUUACAAGAAGACCUUCUCCGAUGAGGAGAAGAGGGUUAGGUUUCUGAGGUGGAGGAUUCAGUUCCUGGAGAAGAGUAUCAGGAAGCUGGAUUUUGCACCUGGUGGGAUAUGCACCAUUGUUCAGCUCAAUGAUCUUAAGAAUUCUCCUGGACCUGCUAAGUGGGAGCUUAGACAGGCUACCAAACAGGCCCUGCAAUUGCUUCAGGAUAAUUAUCCUGAGUUUGUAGCCAAACAGCUGUUUAUCAAUGUACCGUGGUGGUACUUGGCAGUGAACAGGAUGAUAAGCCCUUUUCUUACUCAGAGAACCAAAAGCAAGUUUGUCUUUGCUGGGCCUUCCAAAUCGGCUGAGACUCUUUUGAGAUACAUUGCUGCGGAGCAACUUCCGGUUAAAUAUGGUGGACUAAGCAAAGAUGGGGAAUUUGGAAUUUCCGAUGCUGUUACAGAAAUUACAGUGAAGCCAGCAGCAAAACAUACCGUGGAGUUUCCGGUUACUGAGAGUUGCCUACUCUCUUGGGAGCUCAGAGUAAUAGGGUGGGAUGUAAGCUAUGGUGCAGAGUUUGUGCCAACUUCAGAGGGAAGCUAUACUGUGAUAAUCCAGAAGGCUAGAAAGGUUGCUUCAUCAGAAGAACCAGUGCUUUGCAGCAAUUAUAAAAUUGGUGAACCUGGGAAAGUGGUUCUCACCAUUGACAAUCAAAGCUCUAAGAAGAAAAAACUCUUGUACCGUUUGAAGGUCAAGCCUUCCUCUUCUGAAUGAGCAGUAUCUACAUUGAUUCCUUCAUUAAGUUCUUGCAUUCAUCACUUCUACCACCCAAGAUGUUCAAAGCUUCUUCAAAGAUGGACUUUGCUGCUCUUCAUAAGAAUGGGAAAGUUUUAAUGUUGAUCGUGAUCAUGUGUUUCAAUCAUAUAUACCUUUUUUUGCUGCGUUUCUUUAAUUAUUUAUUAUUGUUAUUGUUAUCAUUGUUGGAGGGGAUCUUUUGAUUUUUGAAUUCUUCAUAUUCAUAUAUGGAGGACAUAAUUGCUCUAUUUAUUUAUCUGUAUAAAUUUCAUGUAAAUUUUGGUGGGGCCUUUUUCUCUAUAUGCUUGUCUUUUUGUCUGUACCCAAGCUUAAAAAUAUGUUAAUUUGAUCUGUCA